GUCAGCCUGAAGCUAAAAGCACACACACUGCUGGGCACCGCACUCUCCUGGAUUACUCUCCUUUGAUGGCUGAAGAAGACCCUCUGAUGUGAUUUCAACAUUGGCACAUGUGAUCAAGGACAGACGCACUGCCCAUGCUGCUACAGUAGAUAUGCAGUUACUACGCUGCUGAGAGAAGAAUGACAUUUGUCUCAUUUUAAUUCCUGGAGCUGCUUCGGGCAGAGUUGAGACUUGACUAAAAAGCUGCAGCUCUGAGCCAAGUUGGUCUUUUUGUCAGCCUAUUUCUUUGCACUGCCACAGCGUAGUGUGCAAACUGUUAUGGCACUGGAGGCCAACUGAGCAAAAGGGGACUCCGGCUGUACUGCAGGAUUAGAGUCUGCUGUGGGAGUGGGGACUGGACCAGGAGAGCAGGCCCACAGCGACACACAUCAUGCUGCAGGGACACUAGGCUCCCUGUUUAAGCCCCUUCUUUGUGGCACUUGUUUUUUUCUUUUCCUGCAAUCUCAUCGGUUUGGAUGGUUGAGCACAAGGGCUACUUUGAAGGAGCCCACCGGUGGCUGUGGUUUGGCCAAAGCUGACAGACUUUGCCAGCUAUUGCAGAUUUAGUAUCCUUGUCCACUGCUCUCACUGCUUUAGCCUCCUUCGCUGUGGUCUCCAGUAUGGUGAGUGGAGGCUGGAGGCAUCGCAGGAGUGGAACUGAACCAUUAAUAUUGGUGUAGCUGGUUACUUUCCAUCAUUUUUUUUUUUUUUUUUUUUUUUUUUUUGCUCUGUGACGAAUUGCAUUCCGGUUUUCAAGGACUUUUUCUCUGUGCUGGGAAAAAAAAAAGACCUCAGUCAAGGUCAUUUUUCAAAUUUAAACACCGGAAAAAAGAACGUUCCAGAGUAGGAUGAAGCUGAGGAAACAGGUGACAGUGUGUGGAGGGGCCAUAUUCUGUGUGGCUGUAUUCUCACUCUAUCUGAUGUUGGAUAGAGUCCAACAUGACCCGGCAAGGCGACAGAAUGGCGGGAACUUUCCACGGAGCCAAAUAUCAGUUCUGCAGAACCGGAUAGAGCAGCUGGAGCAGCUCCUGGAGGAAAACCACCAAAUCAUCAGCCACAUAAAGGACUCUGUGAUGGAGCUCACAGACACAGGAGCUGUGUCUCCUAGCGGCCACCUGCCAUUCAGAAGUGCCAAUGGUUCUUGGGUCCUACCAUUUGAUGGUCGCCCCACUUUCCUCGCUGUCAAACCCCAGGAUUGCCAGUUUGCUGUUGGCAGCAAUGGUCAAGCAGACGUUCAGAUGCUGGAUGUGUACUCCCUCCUGAAAUUUGACAACCCUGAUGGUGGCGUAUGGAAACAGGGCUUUGACAUUACUUAUGACCCUGAUGAGUGGGACAAUGAACCGCUCCAAGUGUUUGUGGUCCCUCACUCCCACAAUGAUCCAGGUUGGAUCAAGACUUUUGACAAGUACUUCACAGACCAGACGCAGCACAUUUUGAACAACAUGGUGGUCAAGUUGGCUGAGGAUUCUCGCAGGAAGUUCAUCUGGUCUGAGAUUUCAUUUUUCUCCAAGUGGUGGGAGACUGCAGACAUACACAAGCAGGAGGCUGUGCGCAAACUGAUCCUUGGAGGGCAGCUAGAGAUUGUGACAGGAGGGUGGGUGAUGACGGAUGAAGCCAACGUUCACUACUUUGCCAUGAUAGACCAGCUCAUUGAAGGCCAUCAGUGGCUAGAGAGAAAUCUGGGUAUAACUCCUCGCAGUGGGUGGGCAGUAGACCCUUUUGGUCACAGUGCUACUAUGCCCUAUCUGCUGAGGAGGGCCAACCUGACCAGCAUGCUCAUACAGAGAGUCCACUACUCCAUCAAAAAGCACUUUGCCUCCACCCGCAGCCUGGAGUUUAUGUGGAGGCAGGCCUGGGACACUGGAUCAGGCACAGACAUCUUUUGCCACAUGAUGCCGUUCUACAGCUACGACGUGCCUCACACCUGUGGGCCCGAUCCGAAAAUCUGCUGCCAGUUUGACUUCAAGAGGUUACCAGGUGGUCGGAUUAACUGUCCGUGGAAAGUGCCGCCGAAAGCUGUGGUGGAGGCCAACGUAGCAGAGAGGGCAAACCUGCUCCUGGAUCAGUACCGUAAAAAGUCCAAACUCUACCGCAGCAAGGUGCUUCUUGUCCCUCUGGGAGAUGACUUCCGCUACGACAAGGCCCUGGAGUGGGAUCAGCAGUACAUCAACUAUCAGAAGCUGUUUGACUACAUGAAUUCUCACCCAGAGAUGCAUGUACAGGCUCAGUUUGGGACUCUCUCAGACUACUUCAGUGCUGUAUACAAAGCAAAUGGAGUGGCCCAGGGAUCCAGACCUGCAGAUUACCCAGUGCUAAGCGGAGAUUUCUUUGCCUACGCAGACCGUGAAGAUCACUACUGGACUGGCUAUUUCACCUCUCGCCCCUUUUACAAGAGCCUGGACCGUGUGAUCGAGUCACACCUCAGGGGGGCAGAGAUCCUUUACAGCCUGGCAGUUGCGAAUGCUCGACAUGCGGGCAUGGAAGGCCGUUACCCGGUCUCAGAUUAUGCCCUGCUGGUCGACGCGAGGCGGUCUGUUGCCCUAUUCCAGCAUCAUGACGCCAUCACUGGCACUGCAAAGGAGAAUGUUGUCAUUGACUACGGCACCAAAUUACUGCGUUCACUCAUCGGUCUGAAGAGAGUAAUCAUCAAUGCUGCUCAUUUCCUGGUGAUGAAGAACAAAGAGUUUUAUCGCUUUUACCAGACGGAGCCCUUCCUGGAGACGGAUGAUAGGCGUGCUACUCAAGACUCUCUGCCUCAGCGCACUUUAAUAGAGCUGGACCCAGCAGGGCCGAGGUACUUGGUUCUGUUCAACCCCAUCGAGCAGGAGCGGCUGUGCGUCGUGACUGUGUUGGUCAACACGAUCAGGGUGCGAGUGCUUACUGAGGAUGGACAGACCCUCCCUGUGCAGCUGAGUGCUCAGUGGAGCUCUGCCAGUCAAAUGAGUGCAGAGGUGUUUGAGGCCACAUUCAUGGUUCGUCUGCCACCGCUGGGUCUGGCUGUUUUCCAUCUUUAUGACUCUCCGGACUCGCCCAUGACACUCCGCUCUGACACCCUGCUCAGGCUGUCUGGACGGGGCGCCACUGCCCGGGCUGGGGACCCCCUCCCUGUCCGCUCUCAGCAGUCCGACCCUCAGACCUUCUAUAUCAGCAGCCAGUCUCUCACACUUGGUUUCUCUGGAAUAACCGGUCUCCUGGAGAGUAUCAAGCGCAAGGAUGAUCCUCAGGAGGUGAAGGUUCAGAUGCAGUUCAUGGUCUAUGGCACUCGCCCCUCUAAAGACAAAAGCGGGGCUUACCUCUUCCUACCUGAUGGAAAAGCAAAGCCCUACAACCAGAAAGAGCCACCUGUGGUGCGCGUUGUGGAGGGGCCUCUGUUCUCGGAGGUUGUGGCACACUACCAACAUUUUCAGCAGACCAUUCGGAUCCACAAUGUGCCAGGGGUGGAUGGGUUUUCAAUAGACAUCACCACCAUGGUGGACAUCAGAGAUCAGACCAAUAAGGAGCUGGCCAUGCGACUGGUCACUGACAUCCAGAGUGGAGACGUCUUCUACACGGACCUCAAUGGUUUCCAGAUGCAGCCUCGACACCACUACCUGAAGCUUCCCUUGCAGGCCAACUUCUAUCCCAUGCCCAGCCAGGCAUACAUCCAGGACAGCAACCACCGCCUCACACUGCACACAGCUCAGUCUCUGGGUGUCAGCAGCCUGGAGAGUGGCCAGCUUGAAGUGAUUAUGGACCGGCGGUUGAUGCAGGAUGAUAAUCGAGGACUGGGCCAGGGCCUGAAGGACAACAAGAAGACAGCCAACCGCUUCCGACUGCUGCUGGAGAGGAGAUCCACGGGCAACAAGUAUGAUGGCUUUUUUGCCAAACUCUCCUCCUUGUUUCGUUCUUUCCUCUCCAAAUUCUUGACUGACGGAGUUCAAGAGAUGAUGGACAGUGCAACAACGAGCUUCCCGUCGAUACUCAGUCACAUAACCAACGCCAUCCUGAACCACGAGAUCUUGGCGCUGCCCGUCCUGCCCAAAAGACGUGGCAUCCCUCCUCUGCAAACCUUCGCCCCUCUCAAGUCCAUCCUUCCUUGCGACUUCCACCUGCUGAACCUGCGUAGCAUCCAGAGCCAGCAGGACCCCCACUCUCCAUCUCCAUACACAGCCAUGAUUCUUCACCGUCUGGCGCUGGACUGUGGGUUUGAGGCUCAGAACCUGGGUUUCAACUGCACCACCACACAAGGACAGCUGAGUGUAUCAGGACUGUUCAAGAACCUGGACCUGCAGCUGCUGCAGCCCAUGUCCCUGACCCUGAUGCACGCCGGCACGCCUCUGGCCAACGACUCCACCAUCAGUCUUGAUCCCAUGGAGAUCUCUGCCUUCAAGCUCAAACUUCGCUAAGAGCCGUCCGAACCAAACGAGGCAAUAAAAACAGGCAGCAGACUCCUUGGACCAAGAACCAGGCCCACUCCGGGCCACAGACUGGCAACAGAGGGGUCUGGGUCUCUCUGUUUCGUCAAGCAGAACCACAAACACUACAGCUCGGAGAGAAAUGGUCCACUGUAACAGGAGAGACUGCACAGCAGGGGGCAGGCGAUAGCUGUUACUGUGGACGUCUCCGAGAGCAGUAAAACCCGGGUGAACUCGCAGCUGUUCCAAAACAACUGAGACUGCCAGAAUCGCUCGUCAGAUACGACCCAGUAUCUGUUUAUCUCUGUAAUCGAAAUGAAAUCUCAUUUAGUUCUGCUUUGUAAGAACUUGUGUCUUUUUCUAUCUUCGCUCCAUCCUAGACUGAACUACUGAAUGUAAAUAUCCCAAAUGACGAGGAGGUUGGGACUUGUGCCACAUCAGAGUGCAAUUUACAAAGCUUUAUUUGAUGUAUGGGUUUUUAAUUUUUUUCUUUUUCUUUUUUUGUACGCAGUGAAGAAGUCACACAUCACAGCAGUUUGUUUUUGUAUCUAUCAAUCUAAUGUUGACUGCAGUUAAAUUUUGUUUACGACAGACUCGAAUGCAGCAAAGAGAAUGUGUGGUCUCUCCAUCUCAACUCACCUGGAGACCCAAGCUGCGGCUCUUUGAGCUAUUGUACGUCUGAGUCCAAGAGUCCCAUGUUGGUCACUACGUGAUAACGAUGUGCUCAUUAAUCAUAUCGGCUGACUGUUUACCUUCUGUCCGCUGUUUUUGCUUGUAGAUAGUCUGAAGACCUUCACUCCCUCUCUUCUUUUUUUCCCCCCUGCCUGAGCUUCCUCUUCGAAAAACUGUGGAAGCACCUGUUUGUCAUUCCUGUGCUAUACCUCAUAUAUACCACAAGGCAGAUAUAUCUGUGUGUGUGUGUGUGUGUGUGUGUGUCUGCAGAGUAUGUUGAUGUGAAUACUUGAGGUUUUUUUUUUUUCUUCUUUGUUUGUGAGGGGGGGAGAGGGGAAUGUUGAGGUUACGGUGUUCACUAUCAGGGACCAUUCAUAGUACUGUUAGGUAUCAUUGAUCAGUUUGGGUGUCUGUGUCAAACAGUGGGUCACAUCUUAAAUCAGAAAAGGAGGCGUCCUGUUGAAGUACUGGACUUAAAGGGCCAGUUCAACCAACUUGCAAAAAAAAAAAAAAGUGUUAUUUGCCCACACAGAUUGUUUUAGUUUGAUUAUUUCCAUAAGUUAAGUUCAUGUUUUUAACAAAAGUAGCAAAUACUCAUUUGAGAAGCUGAAAUCAGAACAUUUGGCCUUUUCACUUUGCAAGUCCCCAUCACUCCGGAUAGAAGUGUCCCACAUAUAUACCUCACACUAGGUUUUGAGUAUGAUGCGUCUUCAUGCUGGAACAGUGACCAAACUAAGUAUUCUUUUAAAAAAAAAAAAAAGAAAAAAUGCACACUAGAAAAAAACCCUUAUUUUUGAGUGUGCUGUUGAUGUAAACUCUUGUGUGAUAAUGCAUUACAUAAAAGAGAAUGAAGGAGCUGCUCACAGCUGCACUAAACUAACUGUGGUGAAACAGCUUUAGGAACACGUCCAAAAAAGCAAAAAAAAAAAAAAAAACUUGAAUUUUGGAGAAACAGUUCUGCUUUGUCAAGUAGCUGGUUGAUUGUGUUUGAGGGUGCACACGCUGCAUCAUAUCCUGCUUGUAUUAACCAGUGAACUGUGCUGGUGUCAUGUUUGCUAACUACAACAUACUAUAGCAUACUACAAAGAUCAGUAUACUGUAUAACUAACUAGUAUGGAUAGGACACAGCAAAUGUCGCUGUGAUAAUUGCAAAUGUCUGGAAAGAGGUGAUGCUGUUUUUUUUUUUUUUUUGAAAUGUAUUUUUUUUUCACUGUUCAAAUUUUGGGAGAUGGAUUUCUCAAAACUUAAAAAUAGGCUACAUUCCACUAGAGUCGAAGAAGAAACUGUCUUAUGUGUAAUUUGGGUGACCUGACCCUUGAAAAAUUGUUGGAUUAAACCACACACAGGGAUCCUUAACACAGAAGAAAGGAAGUUUCUUCAAAUUUCAGGUCCACAGUGCUUCUUAUCCCAAGGCGGUCUCCAGGCACUCAGCCUUUUUUUUCUGGUGCAUCUCUGCCUCCACAGCAGCUGUGGAGAAUGUUGUCAUGUGUCCAAAGCUGAGGCCGGACAUUUCUCACAACCCACCUGUGUGUGUCACUUUGUACCGCGCCACUAUCGCACCCUGCCCCACUGUGUCCCAUCGCUUUAACCGCUCAUCUGCUUCAUUUUUCCCACAGGAGGUCUGCUGCUUUGUUGUGCUCCUCCUCUGGCCUGAUGUCUGGUCUGCCAUAGUUAAAUAUAUCCUGUCUCCCCUCUUCUCUCACUGUGAGCACUGCAGACCCCCCCCUCCCCAGCUGCAGUUAACAUUUCUGUCAGACCAGACUUCACUGCAUCUUGAAUUGCACUUUCUCCCUUGUCUUACAACCUUGUCAUAACUUUCUCUCCUGCUGUUUCGGUAUGCGUCAGAGUCUCUGUGUAAAUGUCUUCUUCUUUUUUUUUUUUUUUUUUUUUUUUUAAAUGUGAUACCUGUUGUAGCGCUGUUUUUUGUUUGUUCAGAGGUAAUAUAUGAAGGCACACUCUCUUCUGUAUUUGUUCUUGAUGGGCUAAAGCUGCAGUAGAACCACAGAAGAGAUGGGGACUGAAUAAAAAUCAAAACACAAAGUUUGUCCUUAUCUGAAGUGAAUUUAAUUUCCUCAGCCUUUUUUUAAUGCACUUGUGAAUCCCUGGUGUGUUUUCGUGCUCGGCAGUAAAGAGCUUGAUUAAUUCUCCGUCAGUAGGGGGCAACAUUGAGUCAGUGUGAGCAGUACAGCAGAGCCUACAUAUGCUGAGUGUUAAGAGAUAUCAGUCCUUGAUAUCGCCCCGUGAUGUAAACCUGGGCAGGGUUUACAUUACGUGGGGCGAAUAUGUUGAAGGCCCCAGUGACAGCUUUUAGAGGGAGUCGAACAUGAAAAGAAGCGCGUCUUAGUUCACACUACAUAAAAAUGGAUCAUGGACCGGCAGAAGAAAAAAGAAAAGUGUUGUGGCAGGGAUGCCCCGAAGGCCUGAGAGCCAUCACUGCACUGCAUGUGUGUGGAGGAGUCAUGGGGAGGGAGGGUGAUGCCUGUGGAGGCACCCCAGGGACACUCAGCCUCUGCAUUUUUCUCCAGACUCUGCUGGUACCGACUGUGUGUCUCACCUUUCUUGAGCUCAGCACAGAAAAGUUAUUUCAUCCUUGAGCAUCAGAUCCAGCAGAAAUAAUCUCAGACCUGCUGGAAUAAUGAGUCUGGAACAUCAGUGUCCAGUUGAUCUGAAUAUGAAAUCUGCUAAUGAGGAGCUGAUAUGUGGGUGCUGUUAUUAAUUGAUCUAAUAUUUCUUGUUGCUAGGCCUAGUAAGUAGACAGCAUGGGGCAGUACAUGACAGCUAAUUAAUACAAGCUAAAGAGCAUACAAAAAAAAACAAAACAUGAAAACCAAUACACAGCUCACAGAAUCAUGGAAUGAAAGUGUGACCGAGGAGAUAAAAGGCUUUCAUGCUCACCCCCCCCCUUUUUUUUUUUAAGAACAUGAGCCCAUUCACACACGUUUACUAUCACACAUACAGUAUUUAUAAUGCAAAGCAUGCGGCACCCGAGUGGCACAGAAUUGUGCACCGAGUUCUCCCGGCAGAUCUAAUUAUGGGCCACAGAAUGAAUGUACCUUCACCCAUGAACCCAGUUACCAGCCUCUGUAGAGGGUGUUACAGAGGAAAGCUGCUAAUGAACAAAGCUGCUACCGGAGAUAGUUGACAAUGUUUUCCCCACAUGCAUACAAACUGUUUCCAUUUAUAUUAAUUUAAACUUCAAGGGGCCACCAUAUUGAAGCUUGAGAAAAUAGUUUGUUUGUAAAGCUUUCUUUUUUUGGCAGCAUGCUCACUGCAACUGGAUAGCAGGGACACGACAGAAUGCUGGCACCUUUGCACAGAGUGACGGUAGCACACUCGCAACAAUGAUAUACAGCUAUGAAGAAGUGAUGGACCAUCUGUUCUCUUGGGUUGCCUUUGUGUGUCAGGGGCUGAAUUUAAGACGCACAAAAACAUAAAAGUUUAAAAAAAAUCUGGCAGGAGAGACACAAGCAGCACAUCUAUGCAACAGCCAAAGUCAUUUUAUUCCAUCAUGAAACUGAUCUCCACAAUAUUAACAUCCAUUGUCAGUUAAAUAAAAAAGGAUAUAAAACAAACAUAGAAAAUGCAAUACAAGAACUCUUCAUUUUUUAAUCUCUGUCACCACUCUGGCCUUUAGAGCCACAGGCUUUGAUUCAGCUUGUGUUAGCGGCAAGUCUAUACUGUUAUCGAUGGGAAAUAAAGUAUGUAUUUGUCUUUCAAUGUAUGGUGCUCUCAAAAGAAAAGGGGAAAAGCUUUACCCUGAUGACGACGUUCUGGGAGAGAAGCACCAGAAUCAAUAUAUGCUCUGGAGGGAAAAUGAAGAGAAAAUAAACUUAUGUCUCACCAGCAGUAACCAAGAAGAAACAUGUUGUAAAGGUCAGCUAAGUGUUUUCUUAAAUUUCACCCAGAAAUAGUGUUGCACUGCUAUAAGUCUAAGAUUAUUUGACUGAUACAGCUGAUGUGUCUGUGCUUCUGUGGCAGUUCCCACUGUGGCUUGAUUGAAACAGAGCAUCCUCCACACUUGUCUGCUUAUCAAACAGCCUGCGGGAUGUUUUGUUACGCCAUCCCAGCCCGCUGCAGAAAUUUUUCUUUAUUGUUAAUGAGCAUCGCGUCACGACCUCUGGCCCACAAUCUGAUCAAAUGUAACAAAGCCAAUUUAUUCAAACCACCAGUGUUGAGGACAAAUCAGAUGCAUAUCUGAUGAAGUACAGAUUUAAAGGAGCACUUCACCCAUCCUACACUUCAAAUUCAGAGUACUCAUUGCAGAAAGUACCCCAUAUAAUGAUACUGUCAGGGUUAUUUUUGGUUUGGGCUCUGAGGCUACAUUUUUUUUUCAGAAAGACUGCAACACAAACCUGGAGUGUUGCGUUUGAAAGAAAUAGGAAUUUACCAGGCAGGAAGGAUGUAACUAAAAACUCUAUUGAGCUGCCUUAUGGGAAAUGUAGGAGUCUGUGUUUGUGGGGCUUUACUUCUACUUAGGACUAGGAUAUCUCAGGAUUUCUCCGCCCCUGCUGCUUUGACUACUUUGUAAUAACUAUCUCCUGCAAUCCCCCAGCUUUAAGUAGUGGAGGAGAGGAACACUAAAUUUCUUUCAUAAACUGGGCAAAAUAUGGUAAAGUGCAUCAUUAAAUUAAAACAAAGUGAAAUAAUUGAAUAAA